ACAGGACCGGGAUAAAAUUUAAAUCAAUAAUCUUAACUCCAGUUAAUUUACAUUUUAUUAAUCUUGUUCUUCUUUGUUUUAUUGCUACCAAAUUUACAUUUCUUUAAAAUUAUCGUUAACGUAUUCUGUUUUUAUAACCUAAAAAAACUUACACGUGCUUCCAUAUAAACAAAUCCAAUCCAACAUUGAAACUAGAAUGUCCUUUGAAGAUGAUGGAAUCCCAUAUUCAGACCUUGCUUCUGGAGGUCCACCACUUGAAGAAGAUGAUUCUGAUGGUUGGGAUGAAAUGGAAGUUAGUGGGGAACAAACAACCUGUCUUUUUUGCCCCUUGCAGUUUCAUACAAUUGCUGUAGCUCUAGUCCAUUGUAGAACAGAACACAAAUUUGAUUUGCUUGCUUUAAAAAAUAAAUACAACAUGGAUUGUUACUCUUAUAUUAAAUUAAUAAAUUAUAUAAGGCUGCAGAAGCCAGAUCCCAAAAUAUUAACUGAGUCUACAAUUGCUUUGUGGGAUGAUGAUGUGUAUUUGAAGCCUGGAGAACUGGAACCUUGGCUGAUGUAUGACUUUGAUGAUUUGGGCAGUGCUCCUUCAACACCACACUAUGCAAUAGAUGGUAAAACUCCGCUUAGUAAUAUAAAUUUCUCAGAUCUUCAAAGACAAAUCCAAGACCUUACCAUGCAGGUAAAGCAUAAGGAUCUAAUGUUGGAGAACUACCAUAAAGAUAUGGAAAAAAUGAAAGAAGUUACCAGAACUAUAGUUGAAGCUGGAGAUUCUGCUAUCAGAAAGAUACCUCACAAUAUUGUUUCUUCUGGAUGCCAAAGUGGAGAUUAUUUUAAUUCAUACUCACAUUUUGGCAUUCACCAUGAUAUGCUUAAUGAUAAAGUUAGAACUGAAAGUUAUAGGGAUGCAAUACUAAAAAAUUCCAAUCAGUUUUCGGAAAAACUUGUCUUGGAUGUUGGUUGUGGGACAGGUAUUUUAUCAAUGUUUUCAGCCAAAGCUGGAGCUAAACAAGUAUAUGGUAUUGACCAAUCUGAAGUUAUUUAUAAAGCUAUGGAUAUUAUUAGGGAAAACAAAUUACAAGACCAAGUACACCUUAUUAAAGGACAGUUAGAAAAAUUAAAUUUACCAGUGGAAAAGGUGGAUAUUUUGGUGUCGGAAUGGAUGGGUUACUUUUUAUUGUUCGAAGGAAUGUUAGAUAGUGUUGUUCAUGCAAGAGAUACAUUUUUAAAACCGGAUGGGCUCAUUUUACCAAAUAGAUGUAAUAUAAGUUUAAUAGGAGUAAGUGAUAUAGAUAGAUAUAAUUCUGUAAUCAAUUUCUGGGACGACGUGUACGGCUUUUCAAUGAAAUGUAUGAAACCGGAUGUCCUUCAAGAACCAUUUGUCGAAAUAGUUCCUGUAGAAAAACUUCUGACUGACAGUCAAGUGGUCACUGAAAUAGACAUAAAAACGUGUGAUAUGAACGCCUGCGUAUUUAGCUCAAAAUUUAAUUUGACCUCUGUACGAGACGGAAUUUUAACGGCAAUUGCAGGUUACUUUGACACAUUUUUCGAUUUGGAAAACAAAGUGGAAUUUUCUACCGGACCAAAUUCAACCAGAACACAUUGGCAGCAAACCUUAUUCUUUUUGCCAAAUACGAUAGAUAUGAAAGCUGGAGAUACCGUUGAAGGAACGAUAAGUUGUAAAAGGCUGACGAAAAACGUGCGAGGACUAUCAGUAACUAUAACAAUCGGAUCGAACAAGUAUCAAUAUAUUAUGGACUAAAAUUCAUAACUUUGUAUGUUUUUUAAGUUUUUUAUUAUACAAAAUAUUUAUUAA